AUGGAGAAUGAUUUUCUAGCAGAUUCUAUGGUUGUCUACAUUGAAAAAGAACUUGUUGACAAUAUCAAUUCAGAUCUAGCCCACCAGUCCAAAAAUUCCUGGUUCCGCCCUUGCCACUAUUUAAGCAGCUGGGUGGUGGGCGUUUCAUCUCUGGGAGCAAUCUUAGCUCUUUACCUCGCCCUCAUUCAGACCAGCUGUGGAGUUGCCGGUGCCAGAAGGGAUCUGGGACACGAGUUCAGUUUCAUAUCGUUUCUGAAGGAUUCUUUGUUUAUAACGUACGUGCAUGUGGAAAAUAUUCUAGGCUCCAGUAAGUCCAUGGAGAGUGAGGCCCUCCAUGAUAUGGACUGCUCCCAUGGCUUGAAAGAAAUGACAGAAUUUAUGUUUUAA